GCAGUCCCAGUAAGGUACAGGAGAAGAAGGUAAGUUUCUUUCUUAAUACACACAAAACACAAACAAAGAAAGAAAAGGGAUGAAUUAUCUUUCAGUGAAAGUGGUUCUAAUCUCCACUGGAAUUUUAUCCAUGGCAAUGGGGAUGAAGCUCACACUCCCUUUGCUCUCGCAUUUCUUCCUCAACGAAGCACCGCACGUGUGGACCUUCUUCCUCAUGUGCUUCACUCCUCCUUACCUCUACAUCCUCCUCAACUUCAUCAUCCUUACCAUCGUCGCUUCCUCCAAGUUCCACAACCCACCACCGGAAAACGCCGUCUACUCCGCCGCCUAUGACGGACCACCCGCCGCCGUCCACGUCCCCGCUCCCGAACCGGUCGAUAUCCCCACCGUGGCACCAACCGACUACAACGCCGUCGUUUCCGAUGGAUACGUUUACGAAGCGAAAUCGACGCUGAGCGACGAUUCGGAUUCAGUCACCGAAGGUAAAAACUCUGUCAGUUACAUUUACGACGAGAACACGCCGGUGAAAGCGAAGGUUGCGAACGACGACGCUGUUUUCUCCCCGAGCUUGCAGAGGAAGGAUUCAAUAGACUUUCCGUUUUACAAUGAGAACGAGAAACCGCCGGUUUCCGCCAGAUUCAGUCACCGGAAAGCCGUUAGAGCGAGUCCUGAAGGAGGGAAAGUGGUUGCGUUGGGAGUGGCGAAGGCGAAGAAACAAGAGACGUUGGAGAGCACGUGGAAGACGAUAACGGAGGGGCGAGCGAUGCCGUUAACGAGGCACCUGAAGAAGUCGGAGACGUGGGAGUCGCAGCCGCGCCGUAACGCCUCACCGUUGGCGGAGUUGAACGGCACGGCGGUGAUGAAGAAGUCGGAGACGUUCGGGGGCAGGGAGAAGAAUGCGUCGCCGAGGCUGAGGAAAGAACCGUCACUGAGUCAGGACGAGCUGAAUCGGCGAGUGGAAGCGUUCAUCAACAAGUUCAACGCGGAGAUGAGGUUGCAGAGGCAGGAAUCGCUGCGACAGUACAGAGAGAUGAUGAAUCGAGGGGUUCACUGACACUGUGAUGCGACUCACACAACGCAAUUUGCGGGUACCCUCCGAUCCAAAUUUGGGGGAAAAGAAAAAGAAACGUUGCCGUUUUGGUUGUUAAAUUGAAGUUGAAUCAGUUUAAACAGUGUGUGAUUAAACAAGGUUUUGUCAUGUUUGUUGCAUUGAUUAU